AUGAAGGAAGAUGGAUCAGGAGGUGUGGGGAUUGUGACGGAUCCAUCAAGCAUCUGUGUCACUUUCAGCAUGGUUGGCCGCAUUGUUGGCUCCUCCUGGAGACACCACAAUGCCACGGCCACGAAGCGUUCCAUCUUCUUUAUAUUGAAGAUUGCCUCCUCAUCACCCUUGAUUAACAAGUCAAGCCUCCCACUUCUAUAG